CGGAGUAGGAUUUGUGUUAUAAAUAAAAAUAAUUGCGCUACCAUUCGUUUAGAGAGAUGAGUCUUCUUUUGGUGUGUUUGUGCAGCACUUUCGUUUCAUCUGCAUACAGUGAUGAGGGUGGUCUAGUGGAUUAUUACGUUGACUUGAUCACCAAGGAGCAAGAUCGAGCAUUUAAGCACCCAAUUAUCGACAAUGCUAAUCAAUAUCGGCCGUUACACGGCAAUUACUCAGAUUAUGGAACAUUCGAUCACAUAGUCAUUGGGGCUGGUUCGGCUGGGGCAGUUGUGGCAAAUAGACUAUCGGAGGAUGCCUUUACAAAAGUAUUGCUGCUUGAGGCGGGUGGUCAGCAGUCUAAUUUUUCGGAUAUACCCGCAAUGGCCUUCUAUCUGCAAGGAUUAGAGUAUAAUUGGAACUACUUUAGUACACCACAAACCACAUCCUGUCUUGGAAUGUACAAAAGGCAGUGCUCGUAUCCUAGGGGUAGAGGUUUGGGGGGUACGACCAUCAUUAAUGGACUGAUCCAUUCGCGUGGAAAUAGAGAAGACUACAACCAAUGGUCUCUGGCCGGUAACCCGGGUUGGUCUUACGAUGAUGUGCUACCUCUGUUCAAAAAAGUCGAAAACUUCCAACAUGGCGAUGACAGUUUGCGUGGAAAGGGUGGAGUGGUGAACGUAGAGUAUCAAGAUCCAAUAAGUCCACAAGCUAGCGCAUUUCUAGAGGCAAAUGAGGAAUUAGGUCGGCACUUGGUCGACUAUAACGGUGAAAAUCAGUUGGGUGUCUCCCGAACCCAACUAGACAAGUAUAAAGGCCGAAGACUGAGUACGGGGAAUACGUUUCUUCUCCCCGCCUUGCAAAGGAAAAAUUUAAAUAUAUCCCUAAAUAGCUUCGUUAUAAAAAUUCUGAUUAAUCGACGCAAAAGGGCGUACGCGACAUCAUUCUAUGUGCGGGAGUUUUUGGUUCCCCACAAAUUUUGA